GACACCACAGAUAAAAAAAAAAGAGGUGACAACGGCAAUUGGCUUCAAAAUCAAAUGGAAGAAGUGAUAAGCCUGAAGGGUUCUUCAAUGACUAUUCAUAUAGUGAUCAACGAUAUCUCUCUAUAGGGGAAACAAAAUUAUUAUGUGGGCUUGUUCUCUUUUGGAAAAACCAUGCAAUUCUUUGACCAUUGUUAAUAUUUUAAGAGCCAAAGAGCAGCAAAAAGGGUACUUGUGAGAAAAAGUAGGGAAAAGAGGGAAAGGCAAAGCAUGGCGAGGGCUCCUUGUUGUGAGAAGAUGGGGAUGAAGAAAGGACCCUGGACUCCUGAGGAAGAUCGGAUUUUGAUAUCUUACAUUCAAAGACAUGGCCAUGGAAAUUGGAGGGCACUUCCAAAACAAGCUGGUUUACCAAGAUGUGGAAAGAGUUGCAGGCUUCGGUGGAUAAAUUACUUGAGGCCAGACAUUAAACGAGGAAACUUCACCAGUGAGGAACAAGAGACUAUCUUUAAGCUGCAUCAAGUUCUUGGAAAUAGAUGGUCGGCCAUUGCAGCAAGAUUACCAGGGCGAACAGAUAAUGAGAUCAAGAACUAUUGGCAUGGUCAUUUGAAGAAGAAACUUAAACAAGCAGCGGCUGGAUCGAUGGACUGCAAAGCAAUCAUGGAAGCAAGAAUAGCGUUACACCAUCAGAGAGAUCAAAGUCCUGGCCUGAUGAAGCCAUCGAUUUCCUCACAACACUCUCCGGAACCAACUUGCUCAACAUCAACACCUAAGCCGGAGACUGAAGAAUUAGCCUUGACGGGGGAGCAACAUGGAGCUGUGCAGGAGUCUGCAGGAGUUCAGUUUCCAUUCUCUCAUGUUUCAAUGGUGGAAACCAUGAAGAACAAUGGCCCCAAUGUUGAUGGUAACAGGGAUUUUUGGUACAAACUUUUCAUGGAAAACUCGAAUGAAGCCCAUGGAAAUUUGGGAUAAGUUUGGGUAGUUUUCCAAAUUACCCAUGUUUUUUUAAACGUCAUUUUCUCCUUCAUUUGUAUGUUUCUUUGUGUUUAUACAGCCAUGCCAGUAAAAUUUGGCCAAUA